CCUCCCGCUGGCGCAGACUGGCCGAUAAUCGCCGAUCGCUGUUAUCGCGCGUCCGUGGCACUGUCCGGAGUAGCUGCGAUCACUCACUCUUGUCACAGGACGCGCCGUACGCGCCUGUACGUGCAUUCUUAAUAUUGUUCUAUCACAACUUCCAAAUUUCGUUACUACAUUUAUGUAAUAAAGAAAGCUCGUGCCUUAUUUAGAACUCAUUCAAAAUGUACCGCGAAAACUGCGGCUUGCUAAAUGAAGCUCUAAGCGACCAGCUCAUGUUCGAGUAUUCACCAGCAGAGAGUCUCAUCAAUUUUGAGUUACCUUCGAACUUGAACUCUGAACUCAAUGAUUGGCAACUUAAUGAUUUAGAUUUUCAUUGUGAUGCAUUUGUUCACGGAUUGAAUGAUUCUAACAGAGAGAACUCUAUCUUCGAAGACGGUUCGAAUAUACUUUUUGAUUUCGACGAUUUGGAUAAAAACAUAGAUUUAGACGAUUAUCUCCUAGAAGCAUUAACAAGUGAUAAAUCCAACGACGUGCUACAAUCCAGCCCAAAUUCUACAGAUUUUGAUAGUGACACAGCGCUCGGUAGACUUUCUGUCCUUGGAAUUGAUCUGGAAUCAACUUAUGUGCAAGACAAUCAGUACUCGUCUAACAAUAUAAAUAAAACUAAUGAUAGAGUGCGAAGUUUUAUACCAGAAACUAAAAUACAAACAUGGGGAGAGCCGACGUUCUGUCCGGAACUUGGAGCGUUCCGAUGCCCGGUGGAAGACUGUGGUAAACUAUACGCAAAAGCGUCACAUGUUCGCGCGCAUUUGCGUCGUCAUAGUGGUGAGAAGCCCUACCGAUGCACAUGGGGUAGUUGCAGUUGGCGUUUCGCGCGGUCAGAUGAGUUGGCGCGCCACCGUCGAAGCCAUUCAGGCGAUAAGCCCUAUCGGUGCAGCGAAUGCGGCAAGAGAUUUGCACGUUCAGACCAUCUUGCCAAACAUGGACGUGUUCACGCUCGCCGCGCUGCCGCAGCCGCCGCGGCCGCCAAACGAGCUUCGAACCAUUCUUAUAAAACUAGAAGACUGAUGUGAAAUGUGAUUUAUAUAAUCUAUUAAAGUGUGUGAUGAAACUAUAAUCGCGCUGGCGCGUUUGGUUUUAUUCAUUAAGUACAAAUAAGGAUACAUACAAAAGAAUAUGUGGAAAAAAAUUGUGCAGUUAAUAACUUAAAAUUUGUUGUAGUUUUUACGAUAUUUUAUGCGAUACUGAGUAAUAUUAACUCUAAUAUAUUUUUAUAACAUUUGUACGAAUUUUGUUAUUAUAUAAGUUAUAAUUAAGCUAGAUUAUAAUAGUGAAGUUAUCGUUAGAACGGUUUACUAAAAUAAUUUAUAUUUAAAAUAAUGAAGCCACUCUUAAUAUACGUUGACCGUAUGAAUCUCGACCUGCGCUAAGCUUAAUUUAUGAAAUCUUGUAUGAUUAGUAGACAAACUAGUUAGAUGUUCUUUUAACUUUAUUCUCGUUGUAAUAUCUUGUACUUUAUGUAUACUUGAAUAUAAUAACAAGAACUUACUGUUGUGUUACUUAGUCUUUAGAUAAGCUAGAAUAAUAAAAUAAUAAUUUACCUACUCUACAAUGUGGCUACUUUUUAACAGGUCUUUAUAAACGACAUAUCUGUUGUCACAAUCCACACGAACUUUAAAUUAAAACAUAAGUAAUA